AGCAAACUGACUCACAAGUGGUUUCUCUAGCAGCCAGAGGCCACACAUCCCUCAGAGACUUUGUAGCUGGUCAUCAAUGAGUGGUCUUCUGAGUCUGGACUGGGAAUUAUCUGAGGAGGGCUACACCUGCCAGCUUUAAAAGCUAAGACUCCACAUCCAUGUUUUUGAGUGGCUUGUUUCCUUCUUGAACGCUUGGUACUCCCAGAAAAGCUAGAAACGAGGAAAAAGGAGAAAUUCCAGACAUUUCAGUUAAGUCUUAAGAUUGCUCCAGAUGAAGGACAGAGCCUUCAUCAAAAGAAGAAUGGUCUAAUUGACAGGUCAGCCUCACAAUAAAGCCAAAGCUGAAAAAGAAGCCACCUAGACUCUUUCCAUGACCAGAAGAAUGAACACUGAGAGACCUUCCAACUUAAUCAAACACCCAGGGCAGACAAGCAUUCCAUCCCUUGAAAACAUAAGCAAUUUUUCAUUAAAUAUCACUGACUGCACCCAGGUUGUGGUGCCAGAGGAAGUCUUUUUCACUGUUGCUGCCGCUGGGAUACUGGAAAAUCUACUUAUCCUCAUUGCUGUUGUGAGAAAUAAGAAUUUACACUUGCCCAUGUACUUCUUCAUUUGCAGUUUAGCCAUUUCAGACAUGUUAGGUAGCUUGUACAAAACUCUGGAGAACAUCUUUAUCAUCUUGUGCAAAAUGGGAUACCUAACACGUCACGGAGACUUUGAGAAAAAACUGGAUGAUGCCAUGGACUCCAUGUUCAUUCUGUCUCUGCUGGGGUCUAUUUUCAGCCUGCUGGCCAUAGCAGCAGACAGGUACAUCACUAUCUUCUACGCUCUGCGGUACCACAAUAUCAUGACACUGAGGAGGGCCUUGGUUAUCCUGGCCAUCAUCUGGGCGUUCUGUGCCGGCAGCAGCAUUGCCAUCGCCCUCUUCUCCUAUGAAGCAGCGACGGUCAUUCCCUUCACCAUCCUCUUCCCUUUGAUGAUGUUUUUCAUACUCUGCCUCUACAUCCACAUGUUCCUCCUGGCUCGAUCUCACGCCAAAAAGAUCGCCUCACUGCCCAGCAGCACUGUCCAUCACAGAACUAACAUGAAAGGCGCCAUCACGCUGACUAUUUUCCUUGGAGUUUUCCUUUGCUGUUGGGCCCCCUUUGUUCUUCACAUCCUCUUAGCAAGGUUUUGCCCACACAACCCUUACUGUGCCUGCUACAUGUCCAUUUUCCAUGUGAAUGGGACACUCAUCAUGUGCAAUGCCAUCAUCAACCCUAUGAUUUUUGCAUUCCGAAGCCCAGAGUUGCGGAGUACAUUUAAGAAGAUGUUCUAUUGUCCCAGGUCAAGCUGCAACUGGUGAACACUUCAUCAAAAAUGAAAAUUAUAGAAGCAUUUAUGGGGUGCUGUGCAACAUCAGUGUGAAGAGUUAAAAAUACCAACAAUUACACCCAAAGUAAUGCUAUGCUUGUAGUAUACUGCCAGAGAUUUUUCAGUUAACAAAUAAUGAAUAAAAAAUAAGUAAGCACACAAAUCUUUGUCAACCAGACCUCCACACUAAGCUAAUUCUGCUGAUAAUUUUCAUUCAAGGAAAAAAACCUGAACAAAUGUCUUAAUUACCUUUUGUCAUUUCAGAAAAAUCCAAACUAAAAUCCGCAUCAUGUUGCAUUACCUGAGACAUGAGCAAAUUAAUUUUGUAUAAAUUUCAAUUCAAUGCAUAUACUACUUUAAAAUUCUGUUGGUUAAAUUGCAAUGAAGUGAACAUUUGUUUCUAAACCAUGCAUUU